UUUCUUCCUCCUCGCGCACACAACCGAUCUUCGACCCCUCCGAAGAGUGUACAGAGGAGAUACUCCACGCAUCCCACCGCCAUGUACUUGGCCUUCAAGCUCUACAUGAGCUUGGUAGGCUUCUUUUAUGGCGGUGUGGUCUGUGGCAAUCCUCCUCUCCUCCACGACAGGGCAGCGACGAAAACACAUCCACACAUCAUAAUGCCAUGACCCUCGCCUUGAGGUCUAAAUACUCGGUAGGCCUGGUUCAUGGCAUGUGGUUUGUGGCUACUAAUCUCCAUGCCCUUUUUAGAACUUGACGGUCAUGGUACCCCGGUAGUCGAUAGUAUGGUUUCUCCUUUUUAAUUGAUUUGUGCCUGAUUUCUUUUUCGGUUCGGUAGUUUGAGUCAUGAUCUAGGUUUAGUUCCACUUUGUUUCGGUUAAUUGAUGAUACGUGCUGUCUUCUUGUUUUGGUAACUCCUUUCAUUCAUCUUUGUUUGGAUCCACUAUAAUCCUAUUAGAUCUAUGAUAUGGUGCCUGUUUUAUCGUUUUUCUUAUGGAACUUUUUGUUUGGGCACGUUCUUUGUUUGUUCUUUCGGGUCUGUUCGUUAUAAAAGUUAUCUUUCCCCUCUUUGGACGUACACCUUCGUAUAGUCCAUUGGUCUCGACUGCUGCGCCACAGCUGUCUGGUCCUUGGUUCGAGUCCUCCAUGGGCAAUGCCCUCUUUUUUAAUCAGAAAUCAGAACAAAGUCUGAAAGAGGGCUCCCUUCUGUCAGCCAAGACUAAUUUUUUCCUAGCGAAGGCUGAAUCUUCACUUAAUGGGCCAACAGUAUUAGCCAUACCCAAGCAAGCCCAUUUAUCACCUUCAGGGCCUUCCCGUCAUGUAAUUUGGUCUGGCCUGCCUGUGACGGCCUUGGCAUGACCCUAUAUAUACGUGACCACACCACUUCCUGAACCCUAGUUCAUCAAAACCCCUCCCCAUUCUGGCGCCGCCCCAUCCAACCCUUAGCUCUGCUCUCCCCAGCAAAGCAGUUGAUGGCGGCGAGAUCCCUCUCUCUGCUGAAGGCCAUCCGCCGUUUGGAUCCGAUUGUAGUCCGGGAAGGAGGCAUCAUUGUGAGGCUUUCGUUGGCUAGUACUACCUCAUUACCUCGAUCUGCAGUCGACGGCAAGGCCUGCUUUCCAUCCUUGGAUGUUCAACGUCGAUUCUACAGUUCUCAGGAGGGCUCCGAGGCUGUUCUUAGGGAUACAGUUAAGCAAGGGGUUCAGGUUGGUUUGAGAAAUGCUUUCAAGGAUUUGAACUUUGAGGCUGGUGCCAGUUCAGAGGUUAGAUUUGUUGUGGUCAGAGAGGUUGUAGAUGCAGCAGUCGUUGAUGCUCUUAAAGAGGCCAACCUCUACUCUGAUCAACUGCCUGUCCUAUUUGAGGAGCAAGAAUUUAUCAAACUUGCUGUUAAACAGGGUUUUACUGAGGCCGUUCAAGAAAUGGAACAGCGCAGUACUUGCCAAACGCCCCUUCAGAAGGGGGUGUUUGACACUGCUAUUGUUGGUCUUAAAAGGGAUCUGGAAUUGGCUUCUAAAACUACCAUGCAAGAACUGAAAAAUGGCUCUGAUGAAAAGUUUGAAUCGGCCAUGGACAGCUUGACAGAAAAGCUGAAUGUUUUUAUGCGAACAUAUGAAGACAUGUUUUCUGUUUAUGAGGUAGUAGAUGUGGCUUCACGAACUGACACCACUAUGGAAGGAGAUGAGCCUGAUCAAACAAACUCAACCAUGGAAGGGGGUGAUGCUGAUGCGACAAAGUUUACCAUGGAAGUAGCUAAGGCUGAUAGUACAAACAUUAUAAAGUAAUCUGAUGGGACAAGCUCUACCAGAGAAGAAUCUGAGGCUGGUAAACAAAACUCUAAAAAGGGACGCAAGACAAAGUUUGACUUAUUUGUUGAACAGUACAAACAAGAAACUGUCAAAACUCAGGGGGUCCUCGAUAUACUGGUUGGUAAGCAAGCAGAUAUAGUUGAUGAUUGGUACAAAGAGAUGGCUGAGAAAUUCUUAGAUGAAACCUGGAUGAAAAGGCUCAAGGUGAUCAAAGCUGUAGUUCCUCACGUGGCCAAAAUCUUUUUCCUCUAUGUGUUUGUUAAAAUGAUGCGGCAAAGCAAAGUUCCUAUAUGGAAAUACCCUGCGGCUGCUCGAGCUGGCAGGUUAGCCGCAUCGCAGAAAAUUUUGGAAAUGCUUGAGGAGGCUGAGAAGCUCGAAAAGGCUGAGAGGCUGAAGAAUGGCGGUGAGACUGCGAAGGACAGCAAGCUGUUCUCGAAAGUGUGGGCGAUCUUGAAGAGUGGUGGCACUACUUCUGGAAAGGGUGAGCAGAAGCCGGGGAAGGAUGUGCCGAAGCAGGGUGGGGAUGAGGACAAGUCAGGGGAGGAUGGACCCGACGAUUAGUUUUAGUCGAUUUCUUUUGUUAGCAGUAUGUUCCUUCUGUUGUACUUGGUUUUUUGCUAGCAUCUAUAUGCAGUGAACUGGGUAACUUUAGUUGGCAGCUUGUGAAUCAAACUGUGGUACUACUCUAUCUUCAGUGGUUGCUCCAACACAUUCAUUGCAGGCAGUCUUUGGUAUCCUCAUUAUGUGUGAACCUGCUUGUGAUUCAAACUGUGUUCUCUUCAGUAGUCAAUCAAAAUCAUUUGCAUCA